UUCGCUUCUUCCAAACACCGACGCCCGCUCGAGUUCAGUUGACAUUUGUCUUCUCAAUGCAAUCUUUUCAACCGUAACGGCAGUGUUUGACUCCUCAUAUGGCUUGCUAAAAACCCAUCAUAACAUCAUGAUUCAAGAACAACCCAAUCAAAACUAACGCUAAAAUCGAUUAUUAUUAUUGUUAUUUAUUAUCAUUAUUAUUAUUUUUUUGUGUGUCGUUAUUGCAACUCUGCAAAGUCGAAGAAAAACCCAGUCUAGGAAAUCCAUUUUUCAAGGUCUGGUCUUUGUGAGAAUGAUGAAAUAGUCAAUUGGACUUCCUCAAUUUUGGAAUACGAUUGAUGGAAAUGCUAAAUAAUCAUGGGAGAGAAGGUUCUUCACCUAGGGACGAUGGAGAUAAAGAUGAGUUUUUCCCCGUUGGCCCCGCUGAAGUGGUAGCCGAGAGUGAUGAUGAUUCAGUUAAUCAGGUAGAUCGUGGAGAUCCAACUAAUGGGACUGCACCAUAUUCUCCAAAUGAUUCAAGUGCAGCAGAAGAUGGGGGAAGGGAGGAUAUGUUUGUUGAUUGUCCAGAUGAGAUGGAAACUUCUGAGAUUCUUCAGAGUUUUGAGGAUGAAGAUGAUAUCCAGAAUACCCAAUUCGAAGAAUCAGAUAAUGGGAUCAAUGUCCGAAAUUUGAUGGAUGAGAUUGAACAGUUGCGGGGUAUGCUUGCUGAGAAGGAUAGAUUUGCACAAGAAUACAAGGAAGAAAGAGCAGCAUUUACAAGAGAACUAGCUCAUCUUUGUCAUCAAGUCAAAGCUUUGAAUGUGCAACAAUCUUUGCUUGGUGAAAAUGGGGUCGGGUUGGGUGAUCAUCUUCAUCAAAUGGAUAUAGGAGUUUUGGAAGAAUAUAACUUGGUAUCCAGUACCUCCUUGCACGAGACAAUAAGCCAGUGCUUGAUGUUCUUCAGGAAUGCUUUGAAUGAACAUUCACAGACUGAAGACAAAAUUAGAGAACUUCAUUCUACACUGCAUAUGAAAGACCAGGAAAUUGAGAUUCUCAAUGCAAAGGUAGCAGAGUACAAACGUUUCCUUUCUGAAACUAACCAACUUAGAGGAUGUUUGGCUGAGAUUAUAUCAGAUAUCGAUGUGGAAGAUGAAACUGAAAUUAUUGUCAUUGCGCGGAAUAAGUUGCUUGAACUAAAGAGAAAUGAAGAGUAUCUUUACCAAAAUCUGAUGAAUCUCAAAGUCGAGAACAGGAAAUUGGUGGAACAUAUCGAUGAACAGAAAUUAACGGUAAAUGCAGAAAUUGGUAGACUUGGUGAAUUAGUUGAACAGGAGAAGAUGAAGUGUGCUAAUACUAAAGAGAAGCUCAACUUGGCCGUGACGAAAGGAAAGUCACUAGUACAACACAGAGACUCACUAAAGCAAUUAUUGGCUGAGAAAACAAGUCAGCUGGAAAACUGUUUGAUUGAACUGCAAGAGAAGUCGAGUGCUCUAGUGGCUGCAGAACAGUGUAAAGACUUGUUGGCAUCAAGUGAAAACUUGGCUGCUUCACUCCGGGAAUCUCUUGUGCAGAAGGACACAAUUAUUCAGAAAUGUGGAGAAAUAUUGUCAGGGGCUGAUGUAAUAGAGGAAUUACAGUCAAUAGAUUUCGUUGAGAAAUUCAAAUGCCUAGUAGAUGAAAGGAAAACACUGAAGGCUAUGUCUCUGGAAUAUCAUAAAUUGAAAGAUACUUUAUCAUUGUUUGAUUUCCCAGAAACGGUGCUAUCAAGUGAACUAGAUGCCCGUAUACGUUGGCUUUUGGACUCUCUUUAUCUGUCUAAAGAAGAAGCUGUAAAGUUACAACAUGAAAUAGCUGAAACAAAAGAAUCUGCUAGCAGUGAGAUUGAUUGCCUAAUUACUUCACUUGCUGCAGUAACACAGGAGAAGAGCAAUCUUCAAGCAGAAUUGGAGGACUUGAGAAAUAAAAAUGAAACACUGGAGAAGUUACAACAUGAGGUAAUUGAAGCCAAGGAAGCUGCAAAUAUUGAGAUUGAUAGCCUAACAAGAUCACUUUUGGUAGAAACGGAGGCGAAGAAUUAUCUUCAUGUGGAGUUGGAGAAUUUGAGACAGAAACUUGAAGGGGUCAUUCAAAAGGAAUAUCGAGUUUCUUUGGAGAAGGAUCAAAUGGUAAGCAUGUUGAUGGAGGCAUUUGGAAUUACAAGAGAGGAUCAGGAAGAAGUCUGCAAGGAGCAGUUUGACGGGACCAUAAUCAUUGACAAAUGCCUUACAAAGAUGAAAGAAGAGUUUAGUCGCCUUGAAUCUUCUCAAGUUGGAGAAGAAGUCUUUGAAAACAUCCGGACUCUUCUUUAUAUUAGAGACCAGGAACUGACGCUAUACGAGUUAGUAGUAGGGGAAGAUGUUUUAGAUAGAACAAAGUUGGAUCUUCUGUUAAAUGAGUUGGAAACAGUAACUCAAGAAUGCAAUGCACUAAAAAAUGAGAAGGUCGUUUUGCAGGAAAAUCUUGAACUGUUGGAGGGGAAGAGCUCUCUUAUCAGAGAGAAGUUAUCUAUGGCAGUUAAAAAAGGCAAGGGGUUUGUUCAGGAACGGGAAAACUUGAAAGGUGCUUUGGAUGAAAAGAUAAAUGAAAUUGAUAAGUUGAAGAGUGGAAAGCAUUGUUUGGGCGGUGCACUUUCACUUAGUUUGUCUUGCAGAACUUGUAUAUCUUUCAUUACAAAUGACUCAGAAUGCAGUGCUCUUAUGUUGGGAACUGAUCUCGAGCUGCAGGUAGAUCGUGGAGAUCCAACUAAUGGGACUGCACUAUAUUCUCCAAAUGAUUCAAGUGCAGCAGAAGAUGGGGGAAGGGAGGAUAUGUUUGUUGAUUGUCCAGAUGAGAUGGAAACUUCUGAGAUUCUUCAGAGUUUUGAGGAUGAAGAUGAUAUCCAGAAUACCCAAUUCGAAGAAUCAGAUAAUGGGAUCAAUGUCCGAAAUUUGAUGGAUGAGAUUGAACAGUUGCGGGGUAUGCUUGCUGAGAAGGAUAGAUUUGCACAAGAAUACAAGGAAGAAAGAGCAGCAUUUACAAGAGAACUAGCUCAUCUUUGUCAUCAAGUCAAAGCUUUGAAUGUGCAACAAUCUUUGCUUGGUGAAAAUGGGGUCGGGUUGGGUGAUCAUCUUCAUCAAAUGGAUAUAGGAGUUUUGGAAGAAUAUAACUUGGUAUCCAGUACCUCCUUGCACGAGACAAUAAGCCAGUGCUUGAUGUUCUUCAGGAAUGCUUUGAAUGAACAUUCACAGACUGAAGACAAAAUUAGAGAACUUCAUUCUACACUGCAUAUGAAAGACCAGGAAAUUGAGAUUCUCAAUGCAAAGGUAGCAGAGUACAAACGUUUCCUUUCUGAAACUAACCAACUUAGAGGAUGUUUGGCUGAGAUUAUAUCAGAUAUCAAUGUGGAAGAUGAAACUGAAAUUAUUGUCAUUGCGCGGAAUAAGUUGCUUGAACUAAAGAGAAAUGAAGAGUAUCUUUACCAAAAUCUGAUGAAUCUCAAAGUCGAGAACAGAAAAUUGGUGGAACAUAUCGAUGAACAGAAAUUAACGGUAAAUGCAGAAAUUGGUAGACUUGGUGAAUUAGUUGAACAGGAGAAGAUGAAAUGUGCUAAUACUAAAGAGAAGCUCAACUUGGCCGUGACGAAAGGAAAGUCACUAGUACAACACAGAGACUCACUAAAGCAAUUAUUGGCUGAGAAAACAAGUCAGCUGGAAAACUGUUUGAUUGAACUGCAAGAGAAGUCGAGUGCUCUAGUGGCUGCAGAACAGUGUAAAGACUUGUUGGCAUCAAGUGAAAACUUGGCUGCUUCACUCCGGGAAUCUCUUGUGCAGAAGGACACAAUUAUUCAGAAAUGUGGAGAAAUAUUGUCAGGGGCUGAUGUAAUAGAGGAAUUACAGUCAAUAGAUUUCGUUGAGAAAUUCAAAUGUCUAGUAGAUGAAAGGAAAACACUGAAGGCUAUGUCUCUGGAAUAUCAUAAAUUGAAAGAUACUUUAUCAUUGUUUGAUUUCCCAGAAACGGUGCUAUCAAGUGAACUAGAUGCCCGUAUACGUUGGCUUUUGGACUCUCUUUAUCUGUCUAAAGAAGAAGCUGUAAAGUUACAACAUGAAAUAGCUGAAACAAAAGAAUCUGCUAGCAUUGAGAUUGAUUGCCUAAUUACUUCACUUGCUGCAGUAACACAGGAGAAGAGCAAUCUUCAAGCAGAAUUGGAGGACUUGAGAAAUAAAAAUGAAACACUGGAGAAGUUACAACAUGAGGUAAUUGAAGCCAAGGAAGCUGCAAAUAUUGAGAUUGAUAGCCUAACAAGAUCACUUUUGGUAGAAACGGAGGCGAAGAAUUAUCUUCAUGUGGAGUUGGAGAAUUUGAGACAGAAACUUGAAGGGGUCAUUCAAAAGGAAUAUCGAGUUUCUUUGGAGAAGGAUCAAAUGGUAAGCAUGUUGAUGGAGGCAUUUGGAAUUACAAGAGAGGAUCAGGAAGAAGUCUGCAAGGAGCAGUUUGACGGGACCAUAAUCAUUGACAAAUGCCUUACAAAGAUGAAAGAAGAGUUUAGUCGCCUUGAAUCUUCUCAAGUUGGAGAAGAAGUCUUUGAAAACAUCCGGACUCUUCUUUAUAUUAGAGACCAGGAACUGACGCUAUACGAGUUAGUAGUAGGGGAAGAUGUUUUAGAUAGAACAAAGUUGGAUCUUCUGUUAAAUGAGUUGGAAACAGUAACUCAAGAAUGCAAUGCACUAAAAAAUGAGAAGGUCGUUUUGCAGGAAAAUCUUGAACUGUUGGAGGGGAAGAGCUCUCUUAUCAGAGAGAAGUUAUCUAUGGCAGUUAAAAAAGGCAAGGGGUUUGUUCAGGAACGGGAAAACUUGAAAGGUGCUUUGGAUGAAAAGAUAAAUGAAAUUGAUAAGUUGAAGAGUGAAUUACAACAAAAAUUAUUCACAUUGGAUGAAUGCCAUGAUAAAAUCAGUAUAUUGUCUCUUGAUGUGGAGCGUAUUUUGCAGGAAAAUCUUGAACUGUUGGAGGGGAAGAGCUCUCUUAUCAGAGAGAAGUUAUCUAUGGCAGUUAAAAAAGGCAAGGGGCUUGUUCAGGAACGGGAAAACUUGAAAGGUGCUUUGGAUGAAAAGAUAAAUGAAAUUGAUAAGUUGAAGAGUGAAUUACAACAAAAAUUAUUCACAUUGGAUGAAUGCCAUGAUAAAAUCAGUAUAUCGUCUCUUGAUGUGGAGCGUAUUCCCAAGUUGGAGGCUGAUCUUGUUGCUAUGAAUGAACAUCGAGAUGAAAUUGAGAGGUUGCUAUCAGAAAGCAACAGCGUGUUGCAAAGAUUAAUGGAGUCAAUUGAUGGCAUUAUUCCUCCAGCAAAUUUGGCUUUUGAAGAGCAUGUAGGAAAGGUGAAAUGGCUUGCUGGAUAUCUCAGUGAAUGUGAAAAUUCAAAGAUGGAAGUGGAACAAGAAUUGAGGAAAGUAAAGGAAGAAGCAAGUGUUUUGGUAAACAAGUUAUUAGAAUCCCAGAUGACUACAAAGUCACUAGACGACGUCUUAUCAGAGGCGAAAAACAAUAUAUCUCUGCUCCUAGAAGAGAAGAAAGAACUUGAAGUUGCUAAGACGUAUGUGGAGGAUGAAUUAAAAAAGGCAACAGAGGAAGCUUAUUCUCAAACACUAAAGCUUGAAGAGGUUUCUGCGAAUAGAAGAUCAGUUGAAGAUGCUUUGUUAAUAGCUGAGAACAAUAUUUCCAAGCUCAUGAAUGAGAAAGACGUAGCUGUACAAAGGAGUGCUCUUGCAGAAGAGGAGCUACAGAAAUUAAAAGAGGAGUUUUCUGUUUAUUCUAGCAUGUUGGUCGGAGCUGACAAAACUAUACAAUCGCUAGAAGAUGCGUUGUCUGAGGCAAAAAUGAAUGUUGCAUUCUUGGCUGAUGAAAACAACAAGGUACAAAUGGGGAGAAUUCAGUUGGACAGUGAGAUGAAGAAACUCAAAGAUAAAGCUGAUUCACAGGCUAGUAAACUUGUUGAUGCCUCCUUAACCAUCAAAUCGCUCAAGGAAGCAUUGUUAAGUUCAGAGAAUAAAUUGGCCAAACUUGUUAAUGAAAAGAAAAGCGUUGAACAAGAAAUGUUAGCACUUAAUUCUAAGUUGAACGUAUGCAUGCAAGAGUUGGCAGGAAUACAUGGUAGCACUGAGAUCCGGUCUCUGGAGCUAUCUAGUCAGCUUAGCCUUCUUCAGUCAGUUCUUAAAGAUGAAACUCUAAUUUCCCUACAACAACAAUGUUUUGAGAAGAAAUCUGAGAGUCUAAAGGACAUAGAUCUUCUCCUUAAAGAAAUGAAGGAUUGUUUUCUUGAAAUCAACUCAGAUGUGCCGCAAAACUCUUUUGUUGUGGAGGAUGAUUCUUCCAUUUCAAAUAUUCUACCAUCUAGCUUUGAUAACAUUUGUAACGUGGAGGUGGUUAAUGGUGAGGUGAAUGCAACUGAUGGUGAUGAUAUGUUGUUACAUAUUGGGAAGAUGGUUGAAGGGUUUCAUCUGAAAGACAAGAUUAUAGCUGAUAAAUUUAAAAACCUCUCUGCCUUUACAGAUGAGUCUAACUCAACUCUGUUGAGAAAAUUAUAUAUAACAAAGGAUAGAAUGAUAAGUAUGCUUGAGCUUAUAAAAUCUCUGAAACAGAGAGUAAAGGAUGAGGAAACAGACAAGCAAAGGCUGGAGAAUACUAUACUCUCUUUAGAAAGUAGUAUGCAGAACAAAUUCGAAGAAAUGAAACGAACUUGUGAUAGAGUGGUGAAAGAAAGGGAUCUGUACAAAGAUAGAAUCAUUCAACUGGAGGCUGAUCUGGAAGUACAAGAAAAUGUAUUCAAUGAAACAAGGCUUAAACAACAGGAUUGUGAAGCGGAAGUGGAUAAAUUGAAAAGGAGAGAAGCAGAACUUUCGUCUCUGUAUGCUGCUUCAUUAUCAAAAGUUCAAGAAAUGGAAGACUGUUUCCUAACAGUGCCUCAGAUGAAAAUCCUCUUUGAUAAGAUAAACGAGAUCGAAGUAUCUGAUGCUGCAUUUGCAGCUGGAGGGGUAGAGCCCCACGACUCGUUUGAUGUAAGAAAGCUGUUCUACAUUAUUGACAAUUUUGAUAAAUCGCAGCAGAUGGUAAGCUCACUGUUUCUAGAAAAAGAAGAGCUGCAGUCAACGCUUGACAAACAGGUAUUUGAAAUUGAACAUCUGAAUAAUAAAGUUAAAGAGCAUAUAAUAAAUGAGAAAGACUCAGAAAGGAUGAAGAAUGAAUUGUUGGAGCUCGAAUCGGGUCUGCAGAAUAUUUUCAUGAAGUUGGGGGACAAUGAAUUGAUUGAUGAUCAUAAAGUGACUGGUGCGAUAUGGCUAGUACCCUUGCUUGACAAUCUGGUUAUGGCCUUGGUGCUGAAAUCUGAAAAUUUGAAAUCCAAAAUCGAUGAACUUGAUGCCAAGUUUCACGGGUCCCAAAUGCUUGUGAGUGACUUAUCGAACAAGGUUAAAUUACUUCAAGAUUCUAAUCGGGCUAGAAUUUCUCCUUCAGAGGAUGGCCAGGAUAGAGGAACCUCUGAAGCUUCCUUGCCUACAAUGUCAGAGAUAUCAGAAAUUCAAGAUACGGGAUCACUUGGUAAGAGUAACAACAUUUCUCCCGUUUCAUCUGCUGCUCAUGUGCGAACUAUGAGGAUGAGCCCGAGUGAUAAUGUUUCUAUCGAUAUUGAUUCUGAGUCUGAACGAUUGGUUAACAAUGAAGAAGCUGAUGAUGAUAAAGGUCAUAUAUUCAAGUCUCUUAAUACAUCUGGUCUCAUUCCAAGAAAUGGGAAAACAGUUGCAGAUCGAAUUGAUGGAAUUUGGGUUUCUGGUAGUCGAGCUUUGAUGGGUCGUCCGAGGGCGAGGCUUGGUGUCAUAGCUUAUUGUCUGUUCUUGCAUAUCUGGUUACUGGGCACAAUUUUGUAACAAAUCCAAUGACCAAUCACCUUAGACUACAGCAACUGUCUGAUAUAAUUCAACCAUGUAACAUAUAUGUAGUUCACGUGAUCAAUCUUUCCAAUUUUUCACCUUUUCUAGGUUGUCUAAAAUGUAUAUAAUUAUAUCAUUGUACCCAAUUUGGAUUGUUUGCAGGCAAAUGUUAGGGAUGUAGAAAAUUCAGUCCCUUGAUUGUUCCUUCAGUAAAAUAGCUGGUAGAAAAUCUGCAUUGUUUGUUGAUAA